AUGCUGCCGACGCCCAAUACCGCCCACGUCGAUUUCGACCGUGUCUACGAGCCGGCCGAGGACUCAUUCUUGCUGCUCGACACGCUGUCAGCCGCCGGCGAGACGGCCUUUCUGCAUGACCGCUUUGGCGCUGCCGCCUCGCCUCUAGUCGCUGAGGUCGGCCCUGGCUCCGGCGUCGUGCUGGCCUUUGUCGCCCAGAAUGCGCGCACCAUAUUCGGCCGCAGCGACGUGCUGACCCUGGGUCUCGACAUCAGCGCCUUUGCCUGCCAUGCCACCGACAAGACUGUCCGCUCCGCCAUCAAAGAGGCUGCGGCCCCACAUAGCAUUUAUCUCGACGCCCUCAACGCCGAUCUGUCCGCGCCGCUCCGUCCGGGAGCUGUAGAUGUCCUCAUUUUCAAUCCUCCCUACGUCCCGGCCGAGAUGCCCGACCUGGCGCAACACGAGCGCUACAACCAGUACGCCUCUGGGACGCAAAAGACGACGUUUGAGCAGGAUUCGUAUCUACUGUCUCUCACGUACGCAGGAGGCGUCGAUGGCAUGGAGACGACCAACAGGCUAUUGGAGGAGCUGCCGCAUAUUUUGCAGGCAGAGCGCGGCGUAGCGUACAUUCUGCUCUGCGCUCAAAACAAGCCGCGCGAAGUCGAGCAGCGGGUCAAGGCGUGGGGCCCGGAAUGGUCGGCGGCCAGCGUUGGUUCAAGCGGCAAGCAGGCAGGCUGGGAAAAGCUGCAGAUCCUGAGGAUAUGGCGCAAUCCUUGAGAACUACCUAUAAUACAAUACAAAUCUACAACGUG